AUGGCUGGAAUUUUUCAACUCCUGGGGAUGAUGUCUCCAUUUGGAAAACUUGGAACAGUACAUGUGAGCCAGAUUCUACUGUUACCAAUAUUGUCAUCAAUUGGUUUGGUUCAAUCAGGUUUGGAAAAUUUGUUUUCUUCUUGUGUUGUUCUGCAAGAGCUCGCUUUUUUAAGCACGCAUUUGAGAGUUACGAGAGAUUCUUGUGAGAUUUUGAAGAAAGAGUGGGUCAUUUGUAGAGUUUUUCAGAAGAGUUCUGGAGGAAAGAAAAUACAUAUUUCAGGGUUAGUGAAGUUAAGCUCCUAUGGAGAUGAAUUAAAGCCAUCAAUAUUGCCUCCAUUGAUGGAUUCUUCUCCACAAAAUAGCAACAAGUGGACUAACAUCGGUGAUAAGUCUCACGUGUCCUGCUUCUCCCAUCCAAUGGAGGAUCAGAAACCCCAAGAAGCUAUUGUUGAUGGCUUUAACACUUCUCUUUUAGCUCCUUCGUCCUCUUCAAACAUGUCCCCUGCCUCAGUUCUGUUUUCAAAAACCUCACCUUCAAACUUUUGCUAUUCCUCUCAGAUUUUACCAAACAUGGCAAAUUUUCCAUACUCAAAUUCUGUAACGAUGCCAGAACACUCCUCCAUAUUGAGGAUGUUGCUUGAAAACCUUGGACCAAACAUGAACCUAAACUCAAAAAGGGAGCUUUCACAGGACACUGGCCUAAGUACUGAUAUGUCUUCAGUGGUAACCAACCAUGAAUUGGUUCAAAAGUCCUUUGUGGAUCCAGAGGAUCCACUAAGUUCUGCUAUACCAAUUGACCUUGAUUGCCUUUGGAAUUAUUGA